AUGAAUGACUCUGUCGAGUCCCGCGAUCAUGAUGAACGCGCGAAGAAAAAGCGUAGCGACAACAUUAUAGACGCGGAGGCUCUACCACAUCCACCUACAUCCGCAGGUCUACCCGCGCCUCCUCUUCCCCUGCGAGAUAGUCCUCGCAGAGGAUCAGACAGAGGACAUUCGCACGAUAGGCCACCUCGAUUGCCCCGCGACCCACGCGACGAAUUUGACGACCCACCGAGGUACAGGGCAGGUCGCGAAAGAGACAGAGAGCUUGAUCGUCGUGAUGACCGCCGCAAUGAUGACCGCCGUAGACCUCGAAGGUCACCGCCACCGCCACCGCCACCCAUGAAAAGACCUUCUCCAACUUACGAUCUUCCACCUGAUGACCCUAUGAAUGAGGAGCCAAAGGAGGACGAUUCGGAAGCUCGUUCUGUCUUCGUAUCUCAGCUUGCCGCACGUCUUACUGCCCGUGAUCUCGGAUACUUCUUUGAGGAUAAAUUGGGUGAGGGCACAGUCCUUGAUGCGAGGAUUGUGACAGACAGAUUGUCUAGGCGAUCAAAAGGUAUUGGUUACGUUGAAUUCCGUGCCAUUGAUCUGGUUGAGAAGGCUCUCGCACUAAGUGGAACGGUGGUUAUGGGCCUCCCUAUCAUGGUCCAGUUAACUGAAUCUGAAAGGAACAGACUUCAUCCAGGAGACGGGAACCUCAACCUUCCACCUGGUGUCAGUGCGCCGCACGGGGCCAUGCAAUUAUACGUCGGUUCCCUGCAUUUCAAUCUCACCGAAAGCGAUAUUAAGCAGGUGUUUGAACCAUUUGGAGAACUUGAAUUUGUCGAUCUUCACAGGGAUCCCAUGACUGGUCGAAGCAAAGGCUAUGCAUUUGUCCAGUACAAGAAGAGCGAAGACGCGAAAAUGGCUUUGGACCAGAUGGAAGGCUUCGAGCUCGCGGGUCGUACAUUACGGGUCAAUACGGUGCAUGAGAAGGGAACUACAAGAUACACUCAGCAGGAUUCCUUAGAUGAAGCUGGCGGCGGUAAUUUGAAUGCAGCAUCUCGUCAGGCGCUGAUGCAGAAACUUGCCAGGAUUGAACCUGCUCGAGACAAACAGGAACCGAUCAUGAAACCCAACAUUCCGCAAGCUAUGGAAUCCAAGUCGGUCCUGCUCAAGAACAUGUUCGAUCCUGAAGAGGAAACCGAACGGGAUUGGGACAAGGACCUUGCUGACGAUGUUAAAGGCGAAUGUGAAGAAAAGUAUGGCCCCGUAGACCGUAUCAAGGUCGUGAAAGAGUCACAGGGAGAGAUUUAUCUCAAGUUCGGCACGGUCGAUGCAGCUCGCCAAGCUGUCCAAGGACUGAAUGGUCGCUGGUUUGGUGGAAAACCGGUGUCGGCUGCUUUCGUCUCGGACGCGAUCAUGCAAGCUUACCAAUGA